AAGCACAACAACUACAGUAUGCAUCACCAUAACUGAGGACACAUGCCAACUCAAUGGAUCACUGAAGACCUUGAUAACGACAGAUUAGAAGAAUCCUGAAGAUAUCAAUUGAAAAUUGAAACAUCAGACAUUUCAAAAAUCGCCGAAAAUGGCAGCCCAACGACUAAGUGAUGUUCGCGUGAAGUUCGUGGAGAAAGUGACCAAAUCCGUACUCAAGCAACUUUUGGACGACCUCAGAGACGACCGUGUCUUGAAUGAAGAGGAGAUGGAAUCUGUACUUGAAGAACACAAGGCGAGGGCGGAUCAAGCUCGCUAUUUAAUUGAUAUGGUUCGGAAGAAAGGGAACAAAUCUUCGGAAAGGAUGAUCAAACGAAUCCAGGAGAGAGACGGAAAUCUGUACGAUGAGCUGUCAUUGGGUGUGGUGCCCUCAGGGACUACAGCACCAUCAGCCCCAGCACCAUCAACCCCAGCACCAUUACACCAGGUUUCAAAUCCAGAUGAGUCCACUGUGUCAGAAGUCCUUCUUCCCUGUUCAGAGCAGUUCAGAUCACAGAAACUUACGGAAGGGGACAUGAUCUACAAGCCUAUGGACAAGCCAGGAAGGAAGCGUUUGGCGCUACUCAUUAACAAUGUUCAGUUUGAAUGUGCGCGGUUGUUGAGACGAGGGGCAGAGAGAGAUGAGGAGAGAAUGGAAACACUGCUUAAGGGCCUAGGAUAUGAAGUAGUGAAACACAGAGACCUCUCUGGUGAGGAGAUGGACAAAGCGGUGAAAGCCUUUUCAAAACGCGAGGAGCACACUCAAUCAGAUGGCACCUUUGUAGUAAUAAUGUCACAUGGGAAGAGGGACGCCAUUUUGGGUGUGCGCUGGAGCAAAGAAAAGCCUGAUGAAUUCCCUAUUGAUAAUGUUUACAGCUGUCUGAACACCCAAGGUUGUCCUGGAUUACGUAACAAACCAAAGGUUAUUCUUAUUCAGGCCUGCAGAGGAGGUGAAGAAGGAUGCGUUUGGAUGUCUGAUGGCAUACAGGAUGACAGUACUGCCAUUGAGAGUGAUGACAUCCGCAGGGAACACAAGGAGAAAGACUUUAUCUCCCUCCUUUCCUGCACACCUGACACAAAAUCCUACAGGCAUGUGGAGAAUGGCACUUUUUUUGUUCAGUAUCUUGUGGAGGAGUUCAACACUCAUGCUCAUCGGGACCAUGUAGAAGAAUUGUUCACAAGGGUUAUGAGACGCUUUGAGAAGUUUCCCAGACAAAUGGUGUGCAAAGACAGGACCACCCUCUCAAGGCACUUCUACCUGUUCCCAGGGCAGUAAAACAAGAAUAUUCUCUGCCAUCAAAUCUGAGAAGGUAUUUUCUCAGAUCACUGAUGUUUCAAAAACGUGUUGCCGACAUUUAUAAUAUAUCUACACUAUUACUAUUACAUAUUAUAUGUAAGUUUACAGUUAAUUCUAAAGGCCUAAAGGGAUAAAUUACCAGUGAUACUAUCAGGUAUUUGCUUUUGAAUGUGAAACUUAUCAAAUGUUUUUUUAUAAUGGUUUUUAAUUAAAAAUGCAUUCCAGUGUGUAAGCUUAAGAUUGCAAAGAUUCUGCAUUGAUGCUGAAAA